GACUAUGUAAGAACCUUGCAGUUGUUGCAUAUAUCACAUAUGCUAGUUGCAGCUGCGGCUCAAUUGUUGUGGCUUGCAAAACCCAGUUCCUCCCACAUCGGUUGGCGCUUUGCGCAGUCUCUCGUCGGCGUCCGGCAAAUGCUGCAACUUAGGGCAUCGCUAGCAUCCAUGUGUCCGAGCCGCGUUGAAACCGCGGGGGGCGGCGCCGUGCACCGGCGGGCGACCGGGGUUGCUGGAGCAGUCGCGUGGAGCACCCAGCCCGCGUGCCUGCGCGACGGCACCAGCGCUGCCUCGACGUCAGCCGCUGCCAGCACGACGUUGGUGCCUUCACCGCGGUCGCGGCGUCCUAACCGGCUCGGGACCGUCGUCAGGUCGCUAGCUGCGGCACUGGCCAGCGCCGGCGACGUGGGCAGGAACGUUGUGGUGCCGCCGUCGGCCUACCAGAGCCUCAGCCUGCUGUUCCUGCUGCAUGAGAACCUCAAACGCGCCCAUGGCAGGCCGCUGAUGGACUGUCCAGAGGGUGACCCCAUGUUGGAUCUGGGCACGAAGCUGGACUCCCUUAAGUGCUGUGUAGUGCUUCUGGCCCCUCCACCGCCGGGACAGCUCCAGGCGCCAGGCGCUCCAGCCGUUGCCGUUGCCGCUGGCGGCAGUGGCUCGGGGCUAGCUCAAGAUGCAGGGUUGGUGGUGCAGUACAUGAACCGGGCGGCGGCGGAAGCGCUCAAGGCGGUGCCCCACCCUAGCUCUGCUGGCGCCGCUGAUGCUAGCAGCCCCGGCGCCAAAGCGACGGCCGCCUCUGUGCCACGUAGCCUGCCGGGCCCGCUGCUGGAGGAUGAGGGCGGCAGCGUCGCCGCCCUGCUGCAGCAGCUGCUGGCCAGCACGGGUGCGCCGCGGCGCGGGGCGCUGCACUGCCUCACGCUGCGCGCAGCAGACGAGCACGUGGGCGGCCACGCCAGCCCCGAGGCCUCCACCAUCACGUGCCCCGAGGCGCUGGUGCUGCCCCUCAUGUCGCCCAACGGCACGUGCGCGGGUGUGGCGCUGCUGUUUGACCGAUGGGAGGUACGCGCCAUGGCGCACCAGCCGGGCCCCGGGCCGGCGCGGCGUGUGGUGAUGGAGGGGCGGCCGCUGGUGCCGGAGGUACCGCCCGGGGCGCAGCCCUCGCCGCAGGCGGUUGAGGUGCUGCAGAACCUGGUGCGGUCGCAGGCAGACGCGGUGCGGGCGCUCAAGACGCAGCAGGGUCUGCCCAACCAGGACCCGCGUGUGCUGGCAGCGGUGGGCACGCUGCAGCAACUCAAGGCCGAGCUGGAGCUGCAGCAGCAGCUGAUGGAGGCGUUCGCUUCGAACACGGGUUCGGGAGGUGGCGUGGUGGCGCAGCUGGUCUCUGGCGAUGACGUCUGAGGAUCUGACUGUUCAGAGCUGGUGGGGAACUUGGUGGGGAAGGGAAGCCGAUGGCGUGCGCCGCCGCCUGUAGGUCCAGGUCAGGCACCUUGGUGCCGUUGCCCUGCUGCUGGCCGUUGAAAGCGUUUGUGAGAGCAUACUCGUCAGACCCGUCUUGGGUCGGGAAGCUUGCGUAAGUGGAGUCUGGUUGGAGCCGGGUUGAUGAUGGAUUUCACGAACCCAGGUUUAUACGGAACUGCGGCCGGCUUCUGUUGACAUGCAGUGCUUCCUCUGAUUACACCAAUUCACACAACUAAAGCCCAAGCCACACUGUAAGCUGCGUUGUUG